CAAGUGACGCCGUCAAGUCUGACCGCGGACCAUCCGCGCAUCGGGUCGACCCACCUCUUCGCCCCGCGCCGCGUCGCCGCCCACGAGCCGGGCCGCCAGUCGGACUGCGCCGCCAUGCUGGCCGCCGUGUCCGCCGAGCAGUCCCGCUCGGGGUCCCUUGUCCUCCGUCCCCACCUCCAGGGCGCCGCGCUCAACAACAUCAUGGGCAGCGUCUUCGGCAAGCACUACGACCUCCCCCGCCGCGACCCCGAGGCCGAGCGCCUCAGGAGCAUGGUGCACGAGGGCUUCGAGCUCCUCGGCGCCUUCAACUGGUCCGACCACCUCCCCUGGCUCGCCCACCUCUACGACCCCGCCCGCGUCAACCAGCGCUGCUCCGCCCUCGUCCCGCGCGUCUGCCACCUCGUCCGCGCCAUCAUCCCCGACCACCACAACUCCUCUGCCUCGCCCCCGCAGCUCGGCGACACUGCCGACUUCGUCGACGUGCUCCUCUCCCUCCAGGGUGACGAGAAGCUCGAAGAGGACGACAUGAUCGCGGUUCUCUGGGUACGAAAUGAUGACACGACGGCGCUGCUGACGGAGUGGGCCAUGGCGGAGCUGGUGCUCCACCCGGAGGUCCAAUCGAAGCUCCGCUGCGAGAUCGACGCCGUGGUGGGGCCCGGGCGCCACGUCACCGAUACCGACGUGGCGCGCAUGCCCUACCUGCAGGCCGGGGUGAAGGAGACCCUCCGGGCCCACCCCCCGGGCCCGCUCCUCUCCUGGGCCCGGCCCUCCACGGCGGACGUCGCCGGGAACGGCAUGGUGGUCCCCGCGGGCACCACGGCCAUGGUUAACAUGUGGGCCAUCACCCAAGACCCGGCGGUGUGGGCCCGCCCUGAGGAGUUCUCCCCUGAGCGGUUCGUGGAGUCCAAGGGCGGCGCCGACGUGGACGUGCGCGGCGGGGACCUGCGCCUCGCGCCCUUCGGGGCGGGCCGCCGCGUGUGCCCCGGCAAGAACCUCGGGAUCGUCACCGUGGGCCUCUGGGUCGCCAGGCUAGUCCGCCACUUCGAGUGGGCCCCCGCCGACGCCGCCCCUGUCAACCUGUCCGAGGUGCUCAAGCUCUCCCUCGAGAUGAAGAACCCGCUCACCGCCGUCGCAGUCCCCAAAAACACCACUGUUGAGGGCUUCUGAAUCGCUGGCAAUCAAUAUCGGCCACCACCGACCGCAAUAUCAAUAAACUAUUACUAGCCAGUAAUAAUAAAGGUACUAGGUGAUACAGUAAGUCGAGUUCCAAUUUUGGAAAUGCUAAGUUUGGAGCUCCUGUUCGUUUUGGCUUGUUUGUUUUAUUUGUUAUCGCGUCUUAUGUUUCAAUUAAAU